AGGUGAGGUCCCUGCAGAAGGUCACGCCGGCGGGACGCCGGUAGCGGAGCCUCCGCGUGGGGGACGAACGGACUUCGGUAUUGAGGCGGAUGCGCAAGCCACACUUGAAGACGCACUAGCCACAGAUAGAUGUACUCAGCCUCUGACAACGCUGGGUUGCGCGAAGACGUCAACCUCAACUAUUUUCUGUCGAAUUCUGUCUGUCCACUUUCUCGCUCGCUCGCUCGCUCGCGUCCAUAACAAGUUUCGCCGCGCACACGCUUCACUUUACAAGAGAAUUGAUUGCCUCGCCAUUACGGCAUCAGAAAGCAUCCCAGCGCAAGGUCCAGACACCUCAGCCGCAACCGACGACCACGCUUCAUCGUGUGAAAACCCUCCUACAAUCGCCAUGUCUGCUGGCACCCAAGAUUCGAUCCCCACGUCCGCGGACCCCAAGUCACACCGCCCGACCAAACGGCGUGCGCUGCUCUCGCCUACCGCCCAGCAAGCGUCCUCGCUGGACGCCCUCUUUGCGAACCCCCCCCCACCACCACCCACAUCCACCUCCCUCACACACUCCGCCGGCGUGUCCGCCCCGCCCGAGAUUGUCAACAACGUGCAGGGCUCCUCGGCCGGCGCGGGCAGCGGCGAGUUUCACGUCUACAAGGCGCUGAGGCGACGGGAGUACGAGAGGACAAAGGCCAUGGACGAAGAGGUCAGGCGCGAGAAGGAGAAUGAGCAGUUUGAAAAGGAAAAGGCGGAGCAGGAAAAACGAGACGAGGAAAAGACAAAGAGGAAUCGGGAAAAGAGAGAAAAAGCGAAAGCAAGGAAGGGGAAGAAGGGCAAGGGAGGGACUGGGGGUGCAGCGGAUCAGGCGGCGCAAGACGCAAAGUCCAGCAACACCAAUGGGACCAAGAUCGUGCCGCGGAAGCUCGAGGCCAGAAAUGGAGAGACCGAUGGGAAAGAGGCUGGAGAUGAAUCCAAGAAGGGUGCAGAGGGCGCAGAGACGGAGCAGCCAGAGGAAGGCUUGGUCAUCCACGAUGAUGACUAGGUUACCGAGUAGGCAAGGUAACACACGUUACCGAGUGACCUUGUGUACAUACAACAACACCAAGAUACCCAUAGAACAUCACACCAACACUCUUCAUUGAGCCUGCCAAUCUUUUUGUCUAUCUCUCCCUGAACAUCCCCCAAGCCGGCCGCGGUAAUGUGGUUUGCCAGAUCAAAAACGAGGUGAAUCGCAAAACACCAAAUGUGCAU